AUGCCACACGUCUCGUCCAGUGGCGGAGAUGAUCUCGGCAGCACCGAUGAGGUUAAGGUGUUCAAGGACGAGGGUGACGGGGAGGACGAGAAGAGGUCCUCUGAGAACCUCACCGAGGAGAAAAGCAGUCUUAUCGACCUCACUGAAUCAGAGGAAAAAUCAGGAGGUGGAAACUACAAUUCUACCAACAAACAUGUGCAGCGACCCGACCACAGCCCAGUGUUCGGCAAGGUGGAACCUGUUCCCCACACGUCUUCAUUCAACAUGGGAUACCUCAUGUCGCCAUACAGCUACGCCAAUGGAGCAGGUGGACCCAUCCCUGUAUCAAUGAAUCGUUUAAGUUUGAGCGAUGAACUCCCCGCAACCGAUAACGCGACUUGA